AUGGUUGAAUUUUGCCUCACCUCACCGUCUGGAUUUUUCCUGUUCUGUUCUGAAUUCCGCCCAAAGAUCAAAUCUACAAACCCUGGCAUCUCUAUUGGAGAUGUGGCAAAGAAGCUGGGCGAGAUGUGGAAUAACUUAAGUGACAGCGAGAAGCAGCCAUACAUCAACAAGGCAGCAAAGCUGAAGGAGAAAUAUGAGAAGGAUGUCGCAGACUAUAAGUCUAAAGGGAAGUUUGAUGGCGCCAAGGGUCCUGCUAAAGUUGCCCGGAAAAAGGUGGAAGAGGAAGAUGAAGAAGACGAGGACGAAGAAGAGGAGGAGGAGGAGGAGGAGGAGGAUGAAUAAAAAAAAACUGUUGAUCUGUCUCCUUGUGAAUACCUUAGAGUAGGGAGCGCCGUGAUUGACACACCUCUCGCCCGAGACGUGUCUGUUGCCCUCAUUAGGUUGAAUUACCCAGUUGGAUCAUGAUCAUAUCGUAGUCUCAGAGUGCUCUAGCAAUUGUCAGUGGUUUACAUGAAGCGGCCAUGGGUGUCUGGAGCACCCGGAAACUGUAUCAAAGUUGUACAUAUUUCCAAACAUUUUUAAAAUGAAAAGGCUCUCGUGUUCUCCUCACU